AUGAAUACACAAGUGAAAGGAUUGAACCAUAUCCAUCCUGCAGAAAUAAGAAAUCCAGAUCUCAAAAAAGUUACUACUACACCGUUUGCCCGAUCUGAAACUCGAUGCAUCACACCUGUUACGGUGAAUUUUAAAGAUGUUGGCGGUUAUGAUGAUCGUAUUUUUGUAUUAUGUGACAGUCCGGGAUUUGAAGAUACUAGUGGGUCCGAAGUAGAUAUUGCGAAUGGAGUCGGUAUUGUUCAAGCAAUAAAAGGAUGUAAAAGUGUCAAACUUGUUGUCGUACUUAGUUAUAAGAGCCUUGGAGAUAGGCUCAACGGUUUAAAAGUCAUAACUCAUACAUUAGUAGAUCCAAUUAACGAUGAUCCCGUUGAGUUUCUUAAUCAAUUUCUAGAUUCUGAUGCUAUUCAUCAUCCGGAUGAAGUUUUUCAGUUUUCUAUUACAGAAAAGUCACGAGCUACUGUACAUGAACAAGUGAGAAGACAUCAGUUAAGUAUUUUAUCUGCAACAAAUCGUUUCGAUUAUUUAUUAGUUAAAUACAAACUUGAUCAAUUGAAACAUUUAAAUGAUUUAAUUGAUCAAGAGUACAUCAAACAGAUUUACACUGAUUGUAUUCAAAAUAUAAGUAAACAUCUCUCGGAAGAAUACGAAGAAGGUGUUUCAUUUAUGAAUCGUUGUUUAAUGAAUCAAACAAUUUUGAGUAAUGAAGAUGUUCGUCAGUAUCAAUCAUAUAUUGAUCAUGCCAAGUUAGCAGACGAACUAAGACAAACUCAUUUAGGAAAGGAAGUCGUUGAUAGUACUGCAUUCAUACAAUAUGUAAAUCAGCAAGUAGAAAUUAUGCUUAUAGAACUAAGAGAAAAAGAAAUCAAUGAUUCAUUAGUAAGAAUAAUUCUGGACAAAAUAAAACUUGUUUCGACUUUGAUUACUGAUAUUGAUCAGGAGAAAUAUAAACAAAUUUGUCAAAUUUUUGCUGAAAAAUUUGAAUCAGUAAUUAAUUCUUUUAAAAGUUCAGUAUUAUCUAAUAAGUUUGAUCAGUGUAUUAGUGAUAUCACAAAAUUACAUGAAGCAUUAACUGUUCUACAAGAUCAUUUAAAUUAUGAAGAUAUGAAAACAAAAUAUGUUCAAAUGAAAGAAUAUUUUCUUAAAUAUUUAAAUGAUUCUGUAAGAAAAUUGAAUCAUAUGUUUAAUCAAGAAAAAUUGCAUAAAAAUGAUAUAGAAAGUCUAAACAACUGUGUUUGUAUGCUAGAAACUGUUAAGAAUAUAAUUACCUUUCAACUACAUAUCUCUAAAGAAGCAAUUGAUGAUGUUUAUGAAGAUCUUUUGUCAAAAAUUUUAAAUUAUUUUGAAGAGAUUAUUAAAAAAAUUAAUUCAGAACUGAAUAAUGAAAAUGCAUUUCAUAUAUUGGAAAUAUUUUUAAUCGAAUUAGAUUCAAUCAGAAUGAUUUCUAUUAUUGAGUUUAAAACAACUCGAUCUUACUAUCGUAUAUUGGAAAAAAUAAUUGAAUAUCUACGUCAAUCAAAAAGAGAUGCUGAACAGUUAUUAACAAAUUUAUUUCGACCAGAAGGAAAAGUUAAUUAUAAUCAACUGAAAAAAUGUCUCAUGAGUUUAAAGAGUGCCCAAUGGAUAGAAAAAUAUCGAGCUGGUGCAUAUACAGAUGUCAUGAGUGAUGUUGAAGAAAAAUUUAUUGAAAAUAUGAAACAAAUGAAAGUAUCUCUUAUGGAAAUGACGUUAGAUCUUGAUAGUUAUAAUAAAAUCGAUUCAGCAUAUAAGAUAGUAUCAGAAAUGAAGGAAAUGAAAGAUUUUGAGGAAAUUUUUACCGAUGUCAAUCAAUAUUUAGUUGAAGUUCAUUCUUGAUAUCAAAAUGAAUUUCUUUCAAAAAUGAAUAACGCUUCCGGAAAAAUAAGAGAUGCUAUUCAAAAAUAUGACUAUGAACAAGUCGCUCGUGAAUUAAUAAAAUUUAAGUCAUUAGGUGAUGUAGGAGAAGAUCUUUUUAAACAAGCUAAGCAAGCACUUAACCGAAGUUUAGAUCUCUUCAUGGAAGAAACCAAGUAUCAAGCAAUCAUGCUUGGAAAUAAUCUAGAAAUAGAAAAAAUAAAAUUAUUAGUAGAUAAUUUAAAUCGAAUACAAAAAGCAAAACAAUAUGUAUCACAAUAUCUUGAUACACCAGAUGAACUAGAUAAAUGUGUAGCAGAUGUUAAAAUAAUGAUUGAAGAGCGGCUCAAACGCUUCUUACAAAGGGUACAAGCCUUCAUCUAUGUCAAUAAUUUCUAUGAAGUUGAACAGAAAAAGGAAUAUAUAAAUUUAGUGCAUCAUUUGUUAGGUAGUUAUUGUACAAAAGUUAUUUCCGAUGAAAUCAAAAGAAUUCAAGAGCGUCAAAAUCAUGUUAUAUUGGUUGAAGUAGUUCAAAAAUAUUUCGAUAUGGAUAUUGACAUGUAUGUCUUGAAUUCACCAACAGAUAUAUUCGAAAAAUUCGAAGCAGUUAAGAACAUAAAUCCAAUAUAUAAUCAGGCCUUAAAUAAAAUAAAGGAAAACAUUGUCAGUAAAUUUAGAAAAGAAUUGGAACUCGCAAAAUUGUCGAUGCCUCCAAACCCGAACAAUAUUCAUAUAAGAAAAUUCGAGUCUGCUGUUAAGUGUUUACCAGAAGCCAUGAGAAGUGCUCUCGAAUCAGACCUAAAAUAUUGUAAGAAAGAUAUCAAUUCUAUGAUACAAAACAAUCAUAAAGAACUUCAAAAUUUGAAUAGUAGUGAAGAUUCAAAAACUAUUAAAAAUCCUCGACAAUAUCAAAGUUCACAAAAUAUGCAAUCUUUAAUUAGUCAGACUCGAGAACUUGUUUUGAUACAAGUUCAAGAAAUAGCCGAUCAAAUAAAUCAAAAUUUCGAACAACAUGAUGUCACUGAAGCAUUAACUAUUGUAAAAAUUUUAUACGAAUAUAAAAAUGAACUAGACACUAUUGUCACACAUGUUAGACAACCAUAUUCAACAGUACAAUCUCAAAUAAAAAUUAAAUUUGAGAAUGCAUAUAUUUGUUUUAUGAAUCAAUUUUUACAGAAUAAUACAUUUGAGAUAACUAAUGAAUUAGUUGAGACUAUAGAGAAAAGUUUUCUUUGUUUAAUCGAAUUUAUUAAAUUCAAAAAUAAGUUUAAAGAUCAACCUAUUUUAACUCAUACACUUCCAGAAGAUUUCAAUGAAAAGCUAAUCGUAUUGAAUAGAAAAACUACAGACUAUUUUACCAUACUUCAGAAAAAGUAUGAAGAUGCUUUAGAAAAAUUCGAUAUUUCAUCUUUGAAAGAAACAUUAGACUUUAUGCAUAAGUGGAAUUCAUUAAUUAUGAAAAUGAAAAAUGAUGUUCGAAUGUAUAAUAUCAAUGAUACUUUAGUAAAUAGUAUGAUGAAGGCAAUCAUAGAAUUAACUAUUUAUCCACAUAUGUUACAUUGUGUAUCUCAAAAAUUUCAAGAAUUACAAGAUGAAAUCAUUCAUCAACAACUUAUCAAUAAGGAGACAACAGAAUCGUCCCAACAACGAGAGAAAUUUUAUAGAAAACUCAACGAGAAAUUUCUCAUUCUAGAUAAAAUUAAGUUGCUUAGUAAACAUGAAUUAAAUAUUGAUGUAAAUACAGCUAAACAAGAAUUUUUGAAAUCAUUGGAGACAAAAAUCACAGAAAUUUUUAAUAGUACACAGACAUUUUUGAGAAAAUUUUCCAAAGAAUCUGAAUUGACAAGUCAGAAUUGUCAUAAUUUUAAUUUAUACUAUGGUAAUUUAUUAUCAUAUCGACGAGAAAUGAAAGGGAUGAAUUUUAGAAUAAAUGAACAAAUUGACAAAAUAGAAAAAAUAAUUUUCGAUAAAAUUUAUACAUGGGUAUGUAUAGUUGAAAUAGAUUCAUCAGUUUCAAAUAUUUCUCUCAGUUUAAUCAACAUGAAGCGUGUUUCAAAUAAUAUUCCAUUGUUUAAGUUUAAAAUAAAUCGAAUUCUAGAACAAGCACUCAAUCAAUAUAAAAAUAGAACGAAAGGUACUAUGAAUUUUUCAAAAUUAGGCGCUAUUUUAAAUCAAGAUGUGAGUGGUAUAGGUCAAAGCAUUGUUGAUGAGAUUAAAACAUUUCAAGGUUACACAUUAUCUUUGUUUAAUGAGAAAACUCAACGGUACGAUAUUAAUUAUGUAUUAAAAAAUUUAAAGGGUGACUUUAUUGAUAUAGAUCAAUUAACAAAGAGAUAUAGAGAAUUUCAAAAUAUCUAUGAUAGUUUAAUCAAAAAAUAUUUUAAAAUUGAUAUCGACUUACAAAAACUUAUUGCAAAUACGAAAUUAAUCGCGGUGAAUAUUAAACAGACGUCAGACGUCAACAAAUGGGACUCACAUGUAAGAGAUGGAAUUCCAAUGUUAUUAGCGCAUAUUUUUGCUUUGUGGACAUUUCAAAAUGCAAAUUAUUAUUUUAAAGCCGGAGAUGUAACGAAUCCAAACAACUAUAUUCUUAAGCCUCAUGCAGCUCAAAUAGUUUCAAUAUUACGUAUGCUCGGCAUAGGCGAUAACAAAGAAGAAUUAAGAAAUAAUUUAGUACAAAUAGACACUGGAGAGGGAAAAUCUGUAGUAUUAGGAGUCAUAGCCACAACAUUUGCACUACUUGGUUUCGAUGUAAGUUGUGUAUGUUAUAGUGAAUAUUUAAGUCAGAAAGAUUACAUAAGAUUUCUGCCGAUAUUUGAUUCAUUAGAUCUACUUCAAUAUAUUCAUUACGGUACCAUUAAUAAACUCUGUGAAGAUAUAAUUAGUCAAAAUAGUGACAUUCGUCAUAUAGUAGAACAAUUGAUAUCAAUCGGUUUUAAUAGAAUUGCACGAAAUAGUCAAUCGAAUGAACGUGCUAAAAUAUUAUUGAUUGAUGAAGUUGAUGUUUUCUUUAGUCGAGAUUUUUAUGGUAAUGUAUAUAUACCAUCAGCUAACUUACGAGAUCCUACUAUUACAUCACUAAUCAAUUUUAUUUGGUCACAAAGAAAAUCAAACUUAAAACUCAAUCAAGUAGAAGCUACAGCUGAAUAUAAAGCUUGUUGUCACACAUUUCCAACUUGGGAACCUUUGAUUCGAGAAGCUGUCAAAGAUAUCAUUGAUGAUAUACAUAACUUUGAGUCUUAUGAUUAUGUUGUUAAGGAGGAUAAAAUUGGAUAUAUAGAACAGGAUAAUAUCGUAUACAAUGUUGUUUAUAGUUAUAAGACUUUAUUUGCAUAUUAUUAUGAGCAUGAAAAAGGUCAAAUAACUAGAAAAAGUUUAGAAGAAAAAAUAAGUAUAAGAAUAAAGUGUGGUAGUUUUUCAUAUGCUGAGAUACCACUUCAGUUUAAAUAUAUAAUGGGUGUUACAGGAACAUUAGAAACUCUAAGUGAUCCUGAAAAACAAAUUAUACAAAAUGUCUAUAAAAUUGGAAAAAAUACAUAUAUUCCAUCGAUGUUUGGUAAAAAGAAUCUUAUGUUUAGAAUAGAAGACGAUAUCAUAAUUGAAAAUAGUAAUGAUUAUUUCAAUACUAUUAAAAGAGAAAUUGAUAAUAGAUUAGUAGGCAAAUCAUCAGAAACACGUGCUAUAUUAGUUUUUUUUGAAUCAAAACAAAGAUUAAAAGAAUUUUAUGAGUCAAAGGCUUUAGAAACAAUAAAACAAUCAGUUGCUUAUUUAACAGAAGAAGCAUCUUCAGAAGAAAAAGAAAUUGCAAUUAAACGUGCCACUGCCUCUGGCCAAAUAACUUUAUUUACUAGAACUUUCGGUAGAGGAACCGAUUUCAUAUGCUAUGAUCCUAGUGUUACUGCAAAUGGUGGCACUCAUGUCAUUCAGACAUUCUUUUCAGAACACUUGUCAGAAGAGCAACAAAUCAAAAGUAGAACUACCAGACAAGGUGAUUAUGGAUCUUAUAGUAUGGUAUUACUUGAUGAUGAUUUGGAAAAAUUUCUCAUUCAAAAGGAGGAUAUUGAAAAUGUUAAGAAAGGUAGAGGAAUUCAAGUUUGUCUUCCAGAGCAGCCAUUAUUUUCGACAAUAUAUUUUCAAGCAAUAUUUUCGAUAUCAAAAUUUAGUACAGAAAAAUAA